ACCGUGGACGAUUUGUUCAGUUUUGAUAUUAGUAUAAAAACGAAAUAAUUCGUGCCAAAAGAUAUCAGUAGCACCUCAGCAAUUCAGCUUAAGUCAACUCAAGUCUAAACUUCAAAACCAAAACCCCCCAAGCAUCAUGUCUGCCAAUGUUGUGAUCUGCCUGGCCAUCUGCGCCCUCGCCGCCGUGUCGGUCAACGCCGGAGUCGUUCCGCUGGCAGCUCCAUUGGCCGCGGCCGGAGUCGUGGCCCCGUACGCCACCUCGUACAACGCCCACACCGUGAACCAUGCCGUGGCUGCUCCGUUUGUGGCCGCCGCUCCGUACGUUGCUGCCGCUCCGGCUGCCAAGCUCGUUGCUGCCCCCGCUGCCUACGGUUACGCCGCGUCUCCUUUCGGCUACGCCGGAUUUCCGGCCGCUGCCUACACCGCGUACAACGGAUUCCCCGCUAGCUAUGUGAUCUAAGAACGGAACGAGCGAGGUGUCGCCCCCCUGGACUAGAUGGCCUGUGAUGAUGAUCUCGGACAUUGGCGAGACAGAAACAAAACCCGGUUUUAUGAAGUUUAGAGUAAUUAGCAAACUAUCCUGUCUACUCUUCGCUGCUGGACGGCUGUCAUUGAGCCGAACCGCAAAUCCUGUUGUAAAUAGCUUUUCCGUACAUUCUGUUUAUUAUGAAACGAAACUGCAAUAUAGAUUGAAACUAUGAA